AUGACUGACAACAAUCAAGGCUGUAAAAUUACUCUCUACUGGCUUGAGCAAUCUCGGAGCCAAAGCAUCCUCUGGCUUUUGGAAGAGCUACAGCUGAAAUAUGAGCUCAAAACCUACAAGCGUCGUGCCGACAAGUUGGCUCCCAAAGAGCUGAAGGAAAUCCACCCACUGGGCAAGUCGCCCGUGAUCACCAUCCAGGCACCGGACGCCGCGAAGCCCCUGGUGUUGGCUGAAUCGGGAGCUAUCAUGGAAUAUCUCUGCGACCACUUCGGUAAUGGACGACCGACCCUAGUACCACAACGGUACCUCCCCGGCGCCGAGGGCAAAGUGGGCGGAGAAACCGAAGAGUGGAUGCGGUAUCGCUACUUCAUGCAUUACGUGGAGGGCAGUCUGAUGCCGUUCCUGGUCAUGUCCUUGGUCAACGACUCCAUUCGAAAUUCCCCUCCCUUCUUUGUUCGACCAGUCACCAACUUGGUGGCCUCGCAGGUUGAGAAUCAGUUCCUGACUCGCAACAUCGACGGCAACCUCGAAUUCCUUGAGGAACGGCUCCGUACAUCCCCAGAUGGGGGCCAGUACAUUUGCGGCAAGGAGCUGACGGUCGCUGAUAUCCUGAUGAGCUUCCCAGUGAUUGCGGUCAACGGGCGAAUGUUAAAGGACGAAAAGAAUAAGGCAAAAUACCCUCUUCUGGUCGCGUAUGCCAAACGCCUGGAAGGUAUGGAGGGGUACCAGCGUGCCGUGAAGAAGGUCGAGGAAAUCGAGGGUAAGUUCUCAGCCUCUAUGUAG